AUGGCUCAAAACUUUGCUGGCAGCAAUAACAUCAACCUCCUUUACCCCAGUGGCCAAUUUGGUACAUGUCAAAUGGGUGGAAAAGAUCAUGCAAGUGGAAGAUAUAUUUACACUAAGCUGACACCCAUCCCACGUCAUCUUUUUAACAAGGCAGAUGAGCUUCUUCUCAACUACUUGAGUGAAGAUGGACAAUCCAUUGAGCCUACAUGGUAUCUUCCAAUUAUACCCAUGGUUUUGGUGAAUGGAAGUGAAGGAAUAAGGACAGGGUGGAAUACAGUCCCAGCGCUUGCACUACCAAAUGCAGAGAGUGCUAAAGCUGGAUUCUUAGAAUCACUGUUAAACUGGAAGUGGACAAGUCCCUUCGGGAACAGAAAGAUGUCACCUUAUUGUAGAUUCUAA